ACGUUAUUAGCAAUGUUAACCAAGGAAUGAAGCUUAAUCCCAAGGACUGGAAGGACUAGCACGAAAAAAAGCUGAUCAGCAAGACUCAAACAAAGCGAUGCUCCACAACCCCGCAGCAGCUGCGGCCGCCAUGGAGGAGCAGCUGCGGCAGCAGCAGCUGCGGGUCCUCCUCAACGCCUCCUCCAGGCCCUUCCCCAGCAGCAGCGGCAGCAGCAUCUGGCCGUCCAACUCCUCUGCCUCGGAGCCGGUCACGGCGGCGGGCGGCGGCGGCGAGGCGGCGGGCGGAGGAGGCGGCGGCGGCGCGGUCAGCCCCUGGGACAUCGCCCUGUGCGCCACGGGCACGGCGGUGGCCUGCGAGAACGCGCUGGUGCUGGCCGUGCUCUUCUACACGCCCAGCCUGCGCGCCCCCAUGUUCCUGCUCAUCGGCAGCCUGGCGCUGGCCGACCUGCUGGCCGGCCUGGGGCUCGUCGUCAACUUCACCGUGCAGUACCUGCUGCAGCCGCCCAACGCGGCCGUGGCGCUCAGCGCCGCCGGGCUGCUGCUCACCGCCUUCUCCGCCUCGGUCUGCAGCCUGCUGGCCAUCACCAUCGACCGCUACCUGUCGCUGUACAACGCGCUCACCUACCACACGGAGCGCACGCUGAGCUUCACCUGCGCCAUGCUGCUGCUCAUGUGGCUGCUGUGCCUGGGCGUGGGGCUGCUGCCCCUGCUGGGCUGGAACUGCCUGCGGGACCAGGCCGCCUGCAGCGUGCUGCGCCCGGUGACCAAGGACAACGCGGCGGUGCUGGCGGUCACCUUCCUGCUGCUCUUCGCCCUGAUGCUGCAGCUCUACCUGCAGAUCUGCCGGAUCGCCUUCCGGCACGCGCAGCAGAUCGCCGUGCAGCACCAGUUCAUCGCCACGGCGCAGGCCACCUCCACCCGCAAGGGGCUCUCCACCCUCUCCUUCAUCCUGGGCACCUUCGCCCUCUGCUGGAUCCCCUUCGCCAUCUACUCGCUGGUGGCGGAUUCCAGCUACCCCGCCGUCUACACCUACUCCCUGGCCCUGCCCGCCACCUGUAACUCACUCAUCAACCCGGUCAUUUAUGCCUUCAGAAACCCGGACAUCCAGAAGUCCCUGUGGCUGGCCUGCUGCGGGUGCAUCCCCUCCACCUUCUCCUCCAGACCCAGGACAUCCAGUGAUGUAUAAGGGUGGGUGGCCGCCCGGAUUGUCAAAUGGUUUCAUGCUCUCCUACUCCGCGUUGUUAUGAUGUAUUACCACCAGCAGGAGGAAUCCCAGACCCACGCGUCUCCUUCCCUGGAAAAAGAUGUCAACAAGAAAAACAAAAAAAACCCAACCACCAAGAGUGGUCUCCUUU